GUUAGGUGUAUAUUUAUAGCUACACUUUGAGUAUAAAUACGGAACAACAAAGCCUAAUCCAAUACAUUGAGAGAUUUGCAAGCAGGAUUGACUAUAUACCACAACAGUUUGAUUCACAGAACUAUAUAACCAUGAUACCGUUGGUGUUGUUAGUGCUGAUGGGAGCACUUUCUGUGAAUUGCCAGAGCUUAACAUGUCUAGCAGAGGAAAUACCUGCAGGGAGUGAUGAAUUCCAACGUUGUCUCCGCAUAAUACUAAAUGCAACAAUCGGAGGAAGUGAUGCUUUUUGCAGUGAUUCAGAUUGCAAAACAUUCUUUUCUGAUGCAUAUAACAACUGUGGACUCUGUAAUCCGAUUGAGUUGGGUUGCAGCACGAGUCUAAAUCUGACUGAUAAUAACGGUGCCCCUGCUCUGUCUUGCUUGUUUAACGAUGUGGCAGCACAUCCAAAUCUCCAAGAGUGUCAAAGGAGAAGAUCACAAAACCUGACAGAUUACUGCCUUGCUGACGAUUGUUACUUCAUAGAAAAUGGCUACAACACCUGUGGAUUCGAUAUACACAAAUGUAACCCUGUCAGGCAAGCCUGUAAUGCUCACUUCAUGGGAGCUCUACAAGAAUGCAACAGUGCAGUAACGGCUGGUCCAACAUUCCUGACUGCAAUCAUGGUCAUGUUCUACUAUUUUCUCCAAGACUUUUGAGUAUAUAUACAUGCAUGCACUGAUCGAAACCUAUAAUGACUGCAGUUUACAACAUAAUAUAUAGAUGAAAAUAGCAUGGUUGAGCAACCUUAAUCUUCUUAGACUACAUAAUUUGGGAGACCGAUAUCAAUUUUUUAUUGUGGAAUAAUAUGUAUUAAAAUACUGUUACACUGCAAAAAAUGAAGUGCGGUGAGCCAUG